AUGGACAGCAGCAGCAGCAACUGCUCCUGCUCGAUCCGUCUCCUGCAGAUCAUGACCGAGUGCCGGAACCUGCAACCGGUCGUGGAGCUCGCCACCAUCCUUGACCUGGUCCACCGGGUCGUCACCCACGGGAAAGCGAUGGUCAAGUGCAAGGGCUGCCGCAGUAGCCCGCACUCGUCCUUUGCGAUGCUGCCCGCGCUGGCCGAGCAGUGUCUGACCCUCCUCAAGGCCGGCAGUCUGGCCUACAGCAUCACGAGUACCAGCGGCAGCACGCUCCUCGACCCCACGGUGCUGGCGUUCGAGCAGCCGCUGUCGCAGUACAUCUGUCUGCGCAGCCCGUCGCAGCUGGGCCGCAUGAAGCUCGAUGAGAAGGAAGCCACACUCUUGGUCCGGACGCUGAUCGGCCGCAACGCCAAGCAGUUCCUGGGUCUGCUGGAGAGUCUGCAGAAGCUGCUCCAGUCCCUGGGGAAGGACACUGAGCCGGCCUUGCCGCCAAUGGGUCAUGCCGUGCUGCACCCCUGCGAGUCGGUGGUCGAAACCACGCUUCGCCGCUUUGUGGUCUUCCUAGAACAGAUCAAGUUCGAGGUAGUGAGCUUGAUCUAG